UUUGCAACCAUUGUGCCUUCAUCAAUACACAAAAAGUUCACAACUUUAGUCUUUUUUUCCCCUAAACUUAUUUCUCGAAUUAUCUCAUAUUUGUGAUUGAAUCAAUUUGUUCGCAUCUUAAUUAUUUUAUUAGUUGAGAUAGUACUAAUUCAUUCUAUGGAUCCAACACAAUCCAAGACCACAUCCGGAUCGGGUUAUCAUUCAUCGACCCAAAAGCCCAAAAGCCACCCAAAGCCAUCCAAAUCUGAGCUGAUGUCCAGCGCCAAGCUAGUAGCCAACGCGGCCAAAUCAAAACUCCAUCAUGAUCCAAAACAAUUUGAAAAAUCGGAGCUCGCCGGAGCCGCCGCUGACCUCAUUAACGCCGCCUCACAGUACGGUAAACUAGAAGAGACAGGGAUCGGGAAAUUCACCGGAAAAGCAGAGAGUUAUCUCCAUAAAUACGAAACUUCUCAUCAUUCCACCACCGCCGGCGCCGCCUAUACGACUGGACACACUCAGACAUCGGGGCAUACAGGUGAUGGGAAACAUGAAAGUGGAUAUGGGGAGUAUAUUAAAAUGGCAGAAGGACUUUUGAAGAAACAUUCCGAUGGGACUCAGUCGUCGGGAUCUGGUAAUAAAGGAGAGUAUCUGAAGAUGGCUGGAGAUUUCUUGAAGAAGCAUUGACACAUUAUCUGAUUCUCUUUUUUUAAUUAAAACUUUGAAAUUAUGUUUUAAAUGUUUUUUUUGGGCUUACUUUUUCUGAAAGUUCCAUUACGUGGAUAGGGUGUGUUAAUUAAAAAAUGUAAAAAUUGAAUCGAUUAAUAAAUUAAAUUAAAAAUUUAUUGAAUUAUUGCUAUUGAAUUAAUGGAGUUUUAAUAGUUUUAUGAAGAAAACAAUUUUGAGUUAUUAAUUUGA